CAUCGGACACGCUGCUUGAAGAGCUUGCUGAAAAAUGUGUCGGUAAGAUGAAAAAGCGCUCCGAGUUCCUGCCUGUGCCUGGGUCCUGACAGCGUCUGAGCUUGUGCCAGGCAGUACCCAAGCUCCCGUGCCUUCCCUCAGAAUUCGCCCACCAGCCAGGCGGCACGCCUUGCUCGCUCGCAGAGUGGGAUGCUUCUGCCUACGUCCCUUCCCUUGUCUCCCACAACGCGGAAGGGUUUGCGGGGCAUCCUCCUCAGGAGCAAAGUUUUGCUCAGAGGGCUACUUCCGCCGCACCGGCUAUAGGGCGCUGGGCCUCCCAGAACGGGAGUUCCCCACCACGGAACGCCUCUGCGGGGCAGGACCUCUUUUCCCGCUGUCCCUGGAACUCUUCCCCUUCGGGCCACAUGCCCGGACUUUGGCAGUGUCCCUUGGCAAAGCCUGUCCUUGACUCCUCUGUGCUGCCUGAGACUGACGGACCUUUUGAUUCUGGUCUGCUGAAUUAGGAUACUGUGGGGCCGAUAUUCAAGCCCUCUGCGCUGAAGCUGCCCUCUGUGCUCUCCAUCGCCACUAUCCCCACAUCUACACAAGCAGUCAGAAGCUGCAGAUCGACGUGGCUGCCGUUGAAAUCACAGCAACGGAUUUUGCGGUGGCUAUGCAGAAGACUGCACCCGCUUCACAGAGGGCCGUGGCUUCCCCUGGACAACCACUCCCACUCAUUUCCAAGCCUCUGCUUCAGAACACGCUAGAGAGGCUCCUAAAAGGCGUGCAGAGGGGAUUUCCCCAUGCAGCCCUUGCACUCCAGAAGCACCAACAGCCAGAAAACGACUGCCUGGAGAGGGAGGGCGAGUCACCUUCUGGACAACAAAAAGAAACCUUCCUUAACUUGAACAGCUCUUCUCCUAGCAAUGCUUGCGGCCAGCCAGCAUGUCACAGGCCCAGGUUCCUGAUAGCUGGAGAGCCCGGCUACGGGCAAACUUCUCACUUGGCGCCUGCACUAAUACACGCGCUGGAGAGGUUUGCCGUUCAUGUGCUGGACCUGCCGGCUCUCUUUGCUAGCAGCACGUCACCUGAAGAAAGAUGCACCCAGGUACCACUUCUCUCUGCAGGCUCCCAGGAUUAA